UGUCAAGUGUCAAUAAGUCAUUUUACCGGCAAAAUUUACGAUUUUGUGUAGCAAUUUGUUUCGCAGUUUCGCAAUUUAAGUAAAUUUACAAAAUCGUUUGCAGGACACUCAAAAACUAACAAAUAAUUGUAUUUGUUUUAAAAUAAUUGUAACAAUAAAAUGGCUCCAAGGACUACAAAAGCAAAGAAAAACACUGAAGUUCAACCGAUAGAGAGUGAGGCUCCAAAGAAAGGAAGGGGGAAAACAAAGGUGGAAAAGGUAGUGGAAUCCAAUGUUGAAAAUGAACUCAACGAAGAAAAUGUUGAGAUUUCUGAAAAAAAGACUAAAAGAGGAAAAAGACCUGCCGUUAAAGAAAAUGGUACAGUUGAAGCUUCUGCUCCAGCACCAAAAAAGGGUAGGAAGAAAAAUGUUGAAAAUGAGACAAAAGAUAAUGAUAAUUCUAAAGAGUCAACACAAGCUGAUGAAAAUGGGGAGGAAGAAGUAUUGACCAAUGGUGAUUCUGAUGCAGUUGUUAGCAAAGGCCAAAAGGUCCAAUCCAAGAAAGUUACAAAGUCUAAAGAACCCGCUAAGGCUAAGAAAACAACUAAACAAGUUGAAGAUAAAGAAGCUGAACAAAAACCGAAAGGAAGAGGAAGAAAACCAAAAGCUGAGGAUAUUGAAGAUUUAGAACAAAAUAAAGAUGACGAAGAAGAAAAACCAGAACCAGCAGCUAAAGGUAGGAGAAAGGGUAAAUUGGCACAAGCAAAAUCAGAAGAGACUGAAGAAGAAAAUACAGAAGACAAGAUAGAACCAGAACCAAAAAAGAAGGAAACCAAAGGCCGUAAAAAUGUUACUAAGAAAGUUCCAUCUAAACAAGAAUCUGAAGAUGAAGUUGAGUCAAAAGAGGAGACAUCAGCUGAAAGUAAUAAUGAUACAAAAAAUGCCUUAAAAGAAACAGAGCAAGUUAAGGAGGAUUCUGAUGCAAAGGAGGAAGAAAGCGCACCUGAAGUGAAGCAAACAAAAGGCAAGAGAGGUCAAAAGAAAACAGUGGAAAAGAAAACGGGUGCUGAAGAGGAGCAAGACAAUGGCGAGCCUGCCACCAAACGCAGGCGCAAGGUUGAUGCUACUGAGGAAAAGAAACCUGUAAUGGUAAAAUCAGUAACCGAUUAUGAGUCAAUAGAUUUUACUAAUACUUCUAAAAAUGCACAGGGUAAAGAGUGGAAUUUUAAAAUAUGUACGUGGAACGUGGACGGAAUUAGGGCGUGGUUGAGCAAGGGCGGAUUGGAUUACAUAAAAUACGAGAAACCCGACAUACUUUGUUUGCAAGAAACCAAGUGUUCGCAGGAAAAAUUGCCGACAGAAAUAACUAACUUGCCCGGCUACCACGCGUACUGGCUAUGCAGCGACAAGGAUGGGUACGCCGGAGUCGGGGUUUACACGACAAAGCUGGCCAUGAACGUCCAAUACGGUCUCCAGAACGAGGAGCUGGACAGCGAAGGUCGCAUCAUCACUGCCGAAUACGAGUUGUUCUAUUUGAUAUGCACGUACGUUCCGAACGCCGGUAGGAAACUAGUCACCCUCCCUAAAAGACUGAAGUGGAACGAGGAAUUCCGCAGACAUGUACAGAUGUUAGACAAGAAAAAACCAGUGAUAAUAUGUGGAGACAUGAAUGUAGCUCACAAUGAAAUAGAUUUGAAAAAUCCAAAAACAAAUAAGAAGAAUGCUGGUUUCACAGAGGAAGAAAGAGCGGGAAUGACAGACUUAUUGGGAGAUGGUUUCGUGGACGUCUACCGCCACUACUAUCCUGACAAGGCUGGUGCUUAUACAUUUUGGACUUAUAUGAGUAACAGCCGAGCAAAAAACGUUGGAUGGCGACUGGAUUACUUCAUUGUAUCACAACGACUGUUGCCAUCUAUCUGUGACAGUGUUAUAAGAGACAAAGUGUAUGGCAGUGACCAUUGUCCUCUAUCAUUGUUUUUACAUCUUACAAGUGCGGACAAACCUAAAGAGUAAUAAGAAAAGGACAACAUUUUUUAAUUUUUCAAUACCGAC